UGAGCACAAACCUUCACAGCCUCACUAGUCACAAUAGCCAAAGGUGAAAACAACCCAGAUGCCCAUCAAGGAAGGAAGAGAUAAACAAAAACGGGGAUCAUGGACAUUGAAGGAUAUUUUAAAAGAAUUGGUUAUAAGAACUCUAGAAACAAACUGGACUUGGAAACAUUAACUGACAUUCUUCAACACCAGAUCCAAACCGUUCCCUUUGAGAACCUUAAUAUCCAUUGUGGGGAACCUAUGGAAUUGGGCUUGGAGGCCAUUUUUGAUCAAGUUGUGAGGAAGAACCGGGGUGGGUGGUGUCUCCAAGUUAAUCAUCUUCUGUACUGGGUUCUGACCACAAUUGGUUUUGAGACUACAAUGUUGGGAGGCUACGUUUACAAUACUCCAGCCAACAAAUAUAGCAGUGCUAUGAUUCAUCUGCUACUGAAGGUGGCUAUUGAUGGCAAGAACUACAUAGUCGAUGCUGGGUUUGGACGCUCUUAUCAGAUGUGGCAGCCUCUGGAGUUAAUUUCUGAGAAGGAUCAGCCUCAGGUGCCUUGUAUCUUCCGCUUGACAGAAGAGGGAGAAUAUUGGUACCUGGACCAAAUCAGAAGAGAGCAGUUCAUUCCAAAUCAAGAAUUUCUUAACUCUGACCUCCUGGAAAAGAAAAAGUACCGAAAAAUCUACUCCUUUACUCUCGAACCUCGAACAAUUGAAGACUUUGAAUUGGUUAAUAAAUACCUUCAGGAGUCUGCAGCAUCUGUGUUUACAAGCAAGUCAUUUUGUUCCUUGCAGACCCCAGAUGGUGUUCAGUGUUUAGUGGGCUUCACCCUCACCUAUAGGAAAUUCAAUUAUAAGGACAAUAUGGAUUUGGUCGAAUUUAAGACACUGAAUGAGGAGGAAGUAGAAGAAGAGCUGAAAAAUAUAUUUAAUAUAUCUUUGGAGGGAAAGCUUGUGCUCAAACAUGGUGAUAAAUUUUUUACCAUUUAGAGUAAGGAGUAAAAAUGGUCUUCAGUAUUAUUUCAGGCACUGAAAUGUUUCAUUAGAAAAAAUUCAAUACAUAUAAAAGUAGAGAGAUUAAAAUAAUAAACCCCUGUUUAUUUAUCACCCAAGGUACCAAGUAUCAAAGGAUAGCCUAUGUCUCAUAUUUCCUCAAUGAUUCCACAUGAUAGUAAGAAAAUUCUAGACAUCAAGUCAUUUCAUCCUUAAAAAUGUCAGCAUAUGUAUUUAGAUAACAUUUUGAAGAAACAUAAGCACACACCUUUCAAAAUUAAUAAUAAUAAAGAUAAUUUAUGGAUUGCCUAGGGUUUUCGUAGGAGAAAAUAGUGAUUUCUGCUAGAAAAACUUCCAAACUUGUUGAAUGUUGAAUUGAUAGAAAAUGUGUACCCAUGGUUCAGUAAAUGGAAUGGUGAGGAAAUUGUUUUUAUUAAAUUCAACUAGCAUUUGUCUAAUGUCCAACUUUUACAAAAACCCACAUGUAUAAUUUAGGAUUAGAAUGCAACAAGGAAGAGUGAGACAUGACACUGCUUCCAAAUAAGCUUCCAAAUAAUUCUCAGCACAAGGCUGAAACCAAUGCAUAGCAACAUGUGAUUAAGUACCAAGAAAGUGACACAACUCAUCAUUUCUUACAUGGUUCCUUUUUGCUACCACAGUUCUUCACGUAGCAUUUUUCUUAAUAUAGGAACAUUGACAUUUAGAAUUUUCCAAUUCCAGAAUUAAGUAAUUUAUGUAUAAAAGUAAUCAUUAUUUGGAAUUUAAAAAUACUUAUUAUCUGUAAAAACUUGGUGUCUGAACUGUAUGUUAAAACAUGUUGGCUAAUACAAUGUCACCACAAAGUAUGUGUUUGGCAGAAUUAGGAUUUAAUGGGGCUAAGUUAUUUUUCUGCAGUGGAGUCUUUCUCAAAUCCACUUUUUUAUCUCCCAGUUAUAUUCUUUUACUUCCUUUCGUACUUUGUCAUAAAAGAAAGAGUAUGAACUUCAAAGUACAUAGAUCUCAGUUCUAAUCCUGUAGACACUGGGUGAAUUACUUGAUGAAUUUGUGGCUCUGAUUCGUCAGAGGUAAAAUGGGGAUAAUACUUACAAAUUAAGUGCCAGACUUAGAAUAAACUUUCAAUAACUAUUUGUUAUAAGAAUGCAUGAAUAAUGUCAGUAAUGGUUUUGAUACCGAGUCAGCAUUUGAUAAAACUUCUUCCAUCUUGCUUUCUUUUCUUAGCUUGAAACCCUGGUCCUGAAUCUGCCUGCUUCUUCCAUGAGUAAAUAGUAAAUAAUAUGCUAUCAGAUGGCCCAAAUCAGACUGUGCUUUGUGCUUCAGAAUUGGAAUUUUUACUUACUAUAACUCAUAUUUUCUGUUUGUGAAUUCCAGAAUGCAGGGCUCUAAUUUAAACUGCAGACUUCUUCUUACAUUAUUCUCCCUCUUCAACUUAUGAUUAUCACAAUGAUAAGGAAAAAAUAAAAUGGAAUAAGCAUUGCUAAGGGAGUCACUUAAAAUAGAGUCGGGAGGCUAUCAAGCAAGGAAGGCCUGUGCAGCCUAUGCACAUCUUGUGCCUUAGUUCUCAGAGAUGCUAUUACGUUGCUAACUUGUUUCUUAAACGUCCUGGAACUACUGGUGUAUGGACAUACACCCGACGUAUUUCCUCCUUGUAGUUUUUGCCUCUUUGAUUUGCAUAUUGGAACUAACCCAUCCCUGUUAAUGUAGUCUUCAAUCCUUUAUUCACAUACAAGAAUUACACUUUUUGGGUUUUGCCUUUAUAAAUGUUGCCUUUCUUUGUCCUCUGGAAUGCAAUUUGGGUUGCUGCCUGAAUCUUCAUUUCCCAAAUUAUAAUCCUUUUGCUCAGAUGAAUGCCUUUUGUUCUUAAUAAUGGCUUGACCCUCUUCUUUGGUUAACAAUAAGUUUAAGAGAAGAGCAGAGACUGGAGUGGAGAAACGUUAGUAAAAAGCGUAAGUUACUUAGGAUCAUGAGUACUUCAUAUAUUGACGUAAGAGUUGGAAGAUACUGCUCAGGUUGGAGAUCCUAGAGAGAGGUGUAUCUGAGACCUGGCCUGAGUGGGAAGGAAAGAUAAAAGAUAUAUGUGUAUUUCAGUAUUUGACAGCUUGCCAUCUUCCUUACCUUACCUGAUUGGCCUUGUUCAGCCCUGCUGCUAUCUUGCAGCAAAGUCAGGUCCCUACUGGUUCGUUUGGGCAGAAAGGAUUUUUUCACAUUCUGACUAGGAUCGUGUCAAUGAGAUGUAGGUAAAGACAGAACAGAUUAAAAGGUGGCUCAAGGAAAAACAUGCCGUUUGGUACCAGUGAAUUAAGGAAGUCACAUUAUAUGAUAAAUAUCCUGAAACAUGAUGCAGUAGUUUUUCCUUCAAUAAUCUAUCACAUGAAAAAAAAAAGCCAAAUAUUGUGAAUGAUUCAGAGAUAUAAAAUUUAGCUGCUAUAUCGAAGAGUUGUGCCUCACAGUGCAAUGUUAACU